AAGCCUGUUGGAGGCGCCUGAACCUCUGCUUUGCCAACAGCCUCCGUUAGCCUCCCUGGAUGUUGUUUUUUACUCCUUUUAUGAGCCCGGAUUACUGGGACGGACACCCAUGAUUCUAGCCGGUGUUUGAAGCACUCACCCCCCGUAAAACCAGCCCCAUAUCCAGCCUCAAAACCUAACGGAACCUCUCAGACUUCACCCUCAUGGGGUCAGACAUAAACCAACUUUGAAUGGGAGUGCUCUAAUUUUUCGGCAGUGGAUUGGCUCACCGUAAUUGGUUGACAGCAGAUUGGAGUGCCCUGAUUGGUCGACAGUGGAUUGGAGCGCUCUGAUUGGAGGAUUUGCGCGGUGGGUUUCCGGUCUGGCGCCGCCUCCCCCCGGGGCCGGCGUGCGCACGCAGCAGCCCCCCUCCCCCUCACUGCUCACCAGAGCCCAUGCUCAAGCAGGAGGCGUGGCGCGUCCUUCUGGAGCCAUGUGCCUCCCUCACUGCCACAACAUGGACCAAUCCAAAAUGCCGGGAGGGUCUGUGGGAGGGGCUCAGAGAGGGGGCGUGUCUCUGGAGCCAUUCAUUCACCAGGUGGGGGGGCACACUAGUAUGAUGCGCUACGACGACCACACUGUGUGCAAACCUCUGAUCAGUCGAGAGCAGCGCUUCUACGAGUCUCUGCCUCCAGAGAUGAAGGAGUUCACCCCAGAAUACAAAGGAGUGGUUUUGGUGUGCUUCGAGGGUGACUCAGAUGGGUACAUAAACCUGGUAGCGUAUCCGUAUGUGGAGAGUGUGGAGGAGGAGCCAGAGGAGAGGGACACCCCAGAGAGAGAGCAACCCAGGAGGAAGCACUCGAGACGCAGCCUGCACCGCUCCUCCUCCUCCUCUGACCACAACAAAGAUCAUAAAGACCAUAAAGAACAGAAGGAGAACAAGGAGGAGAGGACGGAGAGGAGGGAGCACGACCAGGACUCACAGGAAAAUCUGGGUGAGUUGAAGAGCCCUCGUCUGGACCCAAAGCAGCACUCUGAGGUCCCGUUUCAGAUGCUGGACUGGAACAGCGGCCUGAGCUCAGAGAAGAUCAGCUACAAUCCCUGGAGCCUGCGUUGCCACAAGCAACAAUUGAGCCGCAUGAGGAGCGAGUCCAAGGACCGCAAGCUCUUCAAGUUCUUGCUGUUGGAGAAUGUGGUGCAUCACUUCUCAUUCCCGUGUAUCUUGGACCUGAAGAUGGGAACGAGGCAGCAUGGAGACGAUGCCUCAGAGGAGAAGGCUGCGCGACAGAUGAAGAAGUGUGAACAGAGCACUUCCGCCACACUCGGGGUCCGAGUCUGUGGGAUGCAGGUGUACCAGCUGAACACAGGGCACUACCUCUGCAGAAAUAAGUACUACGGUCGCGGUUUGUCAAUUGAGGGUUUUAGACAGGCCUUGUUCCAGUAUCUACACAACGGGAAGAUGCUGCGACGGGACCUGUUUGAACCGAUCCUCCACAAAUUGCGCGGUCUGAAGGCCGUGUUGGAGAGACAGGCCUCCUACCGCUUCUACUCUUCCUCCCUCCUCAUCAUCUACGAGGGGAAGGAAACACAGGACAGCUCUUUGUGGCAUCAGAGAGAAUCCCACUGUGUCCACGCCCCCUCUGACACUGGCCCCGCCCACUGUGAAACGGACACACCCCCAGCCUCACAGUCCCCGCCUACAAAACCACCAGACUCCACACCCUCCUCCCUUCCCCACGCCCCGCUUGUGGACGUUCGUAUGAUAGAUUUCGCCCACUCCACGUUCAAAGGCUUCCGGGGGGACACUGCGGUUCACGACGGCCCAGAUCGAGGCUACGUUUUCGGACUUGAGAGCUUGGUGGGCAUCCUGGAAGACCUCCGGGACGAAAACAUGCCCUAGCACCACACUUUUACCCUCAAAUAAACCUAAAAAAAAUUACCCAAGAUUCCCAAAUGUGCUUCUGUAUGUGAGGACCUUGACAAAGUCUAUUUUAACCGGUCCAAUGUUGUGUUUUUAUCAGUGGAGUCCAGUGGAAAUGUCUCGUUAUUUUAACACAAAGAUUAUUAUGGAGAUUUAAAGGCAGGUUUUUGGGAUGAUGACAAACGAGGUGAUGCAAACUACAGGGAAAAUGUAUGUUAGAAACUUCAUAUUGUACCCAAACAAUGCAUGUGCAUUCAAGUGCUCUGUUAAGUAAUUAGUGCCAGAGGUGACAAGAGUAGCCAGAAAUGACUCAAGUAAGAUUAAUAUUACUCAGGUAUAAGUUAAAUGUAUUGACCUGACUAAAAAGUAUUUGGUGAACAUACUACUGAAGUACUCUUUCCUACUGUUGUAUCCGAAGAACAGAAGAACUAUAGAAAUGUCAAAAUGACCAAAAUAUGACAUCUGCAGAUUUUUGUCACAAUUCUUCUUUAUAUUUGAAGACGAUCAUAUUUUUUAUUUACAUUCAAUGCACUAACUUUGAGCAGAAGUUGAAUUCUGGUGAUAUUUGUGACAAACUCAUGAGUACAGCUCCUUCUGCUUCAUCUGAGAUUGGACCAAUCACAAAAUUAAAAGCGCCAAUCAGCUUCAAGUAUUUGGUUGAACGUUCCUGAAUAAUGUGUUAGGUUCGUCCCAUUUAAGUUGACAUUUUACUUGCAUCUUAAUGUGGUAAGUGUAAAUGUUAUACCCCGCCUAAUGGCCAUAGUUGCUGGGAUAAGCUCCAGUGAUUCCAGUGGCAGUAGAUGGGGUUAGUCAUUUAUUUCCUGUAGUUGGCCUCCACCUCUUGUCUUUUCCCAUAAACUAGGAUUUUGCACUUGUGUCAGAGCCAUAGCCCAAAACACUUCUCUAUAUUCGUGAGGACAUUUACAAUCAGAUUUAUUCAGAAUAUUACAUUUGAGACAUUAGCAGAAAUGCACAAAAUGUUUGAGUGGUGAAAUUGUUUAAAGGGAAGAAUUUUAAAGUUACUUGCACUUUUAGAUUUGAUACAUAGCAUUACUUUCCUGUUACUGUUAGAUUUGUAUAAGGAACUUGUUUUACAUGGUGUACUCAGUUUAAUCUUGUCUACAGUGAUAUUAUAAUUUGUAAAAAAAAAAAAAGAUAUAUAUUAUAUUUUAUAUUCCUUUUUAUACAAUUUCCUUCACAUAAUGGUUGCUAUGAUAUUUUUUGGGACUGUAAACCAUCAAUUGUCUAUACAGAUCUAGCUGACAAAUCCAGACUAAACUAGGACUAAUAAAACUUGAAUUUUGUCUGGCUUUAGACCAGAUUUCGUCGUUGUUAGACCUGUAUUAAUUCUGGUUUAGUUCCUGGUUUUGGGGUCAGUUUAGCUUUAAUUUAAAGGUUUUUGUUUUACACAUUUUUGCUUUGUCCAAUUUGGAAUUGUUUUUUUUUUUUAAUUAUUAUUAUUUUGGUGUAUUUUCAGAUGGUGUUGAGUAAAGAUUAAGUUCUCAAGUUGAAGUUUACACACCAGUAGGAAAAUUUUAACUAAUGGAAGUCUUUCUUGUAAGCAGGCACAUUUUUGUUAUGACCAAAAACAGCUUUAAUGGAGUUGUAAGGGAUUAACCUGGCUCAAAAAAUCUAGUUUUAAUUUUCAAUUUUUUUAUUUUUGUUAAAAAAAAAAAAAAAAAAAUCAUUUUAUUAUAUUUUUUUGCCAAUUGGUCCUAAGGUAGACCAUUACAAGUUGCUUCAGUCAUUUAGUAUUGCAUUCUUUGCUAUUCCCAGUGACCUAGAACCACCUUCUUUGUUAUUUCCAAAUUUGUAUAUUUUUAUUCUAUUUUGCUAAUCUCUCAAUAAUCAAAUGUCCUCACAAAUAUAGUCUUAACUUUAUCAAUACAACCAUGAAGAAUCUACAGGCCAAGCCUCGACCAAUCACCUCUCUUCUUGUACGUCACAUGACCCAUUUCCUCCCUUUGUCUUUUUAUUCGUGGGUGAAAACCAAAUGUUUAUUUCCGUAUAAAAGCAGGUGUUGUGUUCAAAGCAAUAGCAGAGGAGAUUUGUAGAUCAGCCUUAACUGUUUAUCAAAUAUAAAAAUAUAUAUCUAUCUAUGUAUGUUUCUGUGGGAUAUUAUUUUCUUACUGUUAAAAGCAUAUAAAGUCCACUAUGAACGUC